UUCAACCAAUGCAUCAUAGAAGAAAUGAAACCUAUCUUCUGGAUACAUACACAGGCACAUAGAAUUCGUGUUACUUCUCUCUUGUUCUGCUGGCUUCCCUCAGAUACUUACAACAGCAACUUGCAUAAAAGAAAUUCUGGAGGGAUUUUCCAAACAGAAAAAUAAUCAAUAAAUCUAUCAACAAGUAUCUGGUUUCUGUUACUCUGCUGGAGCGGUUACCCCUGUCAUAGAGGUUCAAAUGGGAAGAUGCUCCUUCCAGAGAGGAAAAGUGAGGAUUGAAGGGGAAGAGUGAAUGGAGGUUGGGGAAAUGGACAGAAAGGAGACACAAGUUGAGGUUCCUUGGAGCCCCGGCCCACCUAUUAAGCCAGUUCCUAUGAAACCAGUGCCGAUCUACAUGCCUGAGGAGAGAAACCAAAUGGAUCAUCUUGCAAAUGGAGCAGUUGCAUGUGCUGAAUUUUCACUUGGCCAAGACAAAAUUGGUGGGUCAGGUGAUGGGUCAAAUGUUGCCGGUUACAGUGGCAAAACUUGUGAACAGAUAGUUUCGGAUGCUGUUUCCAGCUACAGAAAACUUGGGUUCUGUGAGCAACUGUUGGCGGUUGAAGCUGAAUCGAGGAACAUCAGUGUGACACAAGGGAAUAAUGAUGGAUUGAAGAAUCCGUUUGUUCCUCCACUCGUCCUUGAUAAUGUCCUAGACCCUCAGGAAACAUACAUUGCUUGCUGUAGCAUGAAAUCUUCACAGGAUACCUCAUAUAUACUUGACAAUGCCAACAAAGAAGAAAGCAGACAAAUAGCAUCAAUGCAAGUCAAUAUGGAAGAAAAGGAUCCAGGAAGGGAAGAGAGAAAUGUCACUGCCAAUAAGCUUGACAAUAAUGUAGCGCCAAACAGCAAAGAACUCUGUGACCCUGCCAUGGAAUUUGCUGCUGUUUCUUCACCAGUGAAGGAGAAUCACAACCCAGAUAAUGGAAGCAGUCAUGAUACUGAUCUUAAUAAAACACCACAACAAAAACCAAGGAGAAGAAAGCACCGUCCCAAGGUCAUCAAAGAAGGCAAACCCAAAAGAACUCGGAAGCCAGCUACCCCAAAGCCUGUUCAAUCAAAAGAAAAGCAACCUGUCAAGAGGAAGUAUGUGAGAAAGAAUGCACUGAACAAGACUUCUACUCCUCCAACAGAAGAGACUGGGGAAUUGACUAAAGAAAUGUCUUGUAAAAGGUCCUUAAAUUUCGACAUAGGAACAACAUAUGAAAGUUCUGCUGCCAUAGAAAAUACAAGAACGCUAUUGGGAAAAGAAAAUGGUGUUCUUGUACAAGAAACAAAUGUAGGUCCUGCAUUUGAUCUAAACACUUCCAUGAAGCAGGCAUCAAACAGUUACAUGUCACUACCAGAAGACACACAAGCCCUAAAUACAUCUUCGGGAAGAAAAAGCUCAGGGACAAAGCCAGAGGAAAACCCACCUCCGAAGAGGAAGUAUGUGAAAAGGAAAGGAGUGAACAAGACUUCUGCUCCUCCAAUAGAAGUUCCUGGAAAUUUGACUGAAGAAACAACGUCUGCAUCUGCCCAAACAUCAUGCACAGGGUCCAUAAAUUUUGAUGAAAGAGCAAGUGAACAAAGUUAUGCAGUCAAAGAGAAUCCAACUGGGCAUCCAGGCAGUGAAAUUGGUGUAGUAAUGAAGGAAAUGAAUGUGGGCCUUGCCUAUGAUUUAAACACUUCCAUGAAGCAGGCAUUAAAUGAUGACAUGACAUUACCUAAGGACACACAAGCCCCAAGUUCAUCUUCAAAAAUCAAACUCCCGGGGACAAAGAGAAAAGAAAACUUGACUGGCAAGAGGAAGAAUGCGAGGAAAAAAGGAUCGAAUCCGUCUCCUAUUCCUCCAACAGAAAUGACAGAAUUGACUGAAGCAAUGAUACUUGAAUCUAACAUGUCAUGGAGAAGAUCCUUAAAUUUUGAUAUCGGAAAUGUAGGCAGAGAAAAUUUAGAUUUGGACAUUGGGAAGGAAAAUAUGGUGUUGGAGGAAAGAAAAGUAGGUCCCACCUAUAAAGACACUUGGUUGAAAGAGGCAGUAAAUAUUUGCAUGUCAUUACCUGAGGAAACCCAACACCCAAGUACGUCUAUUUCAAAAUGCACUUCCCCUGGGGCAAAGCUGAAUGCCAACUCUGUAGAGAAAAAAAACAAAAAAGGCCGGGCAACUGCUUGGGGUGGAAACAUAAGUAAUAGUCAAAGUUCAUCAAUAAGGUUACAAAUGGUUGGCUCAAAGAGAAAACAUUCUGAUACCUUUAAUCGUGCAGAUGACAGCAGCAUGAAUCUGAUUGGAGUGCAAUAUAAUGGACUGCCCUCAUACCAACACCUAAGUACGUCUAUUUCAAAAUGCACUUCCCCUGGGGCAAAGCUGAAUGCCAACUCUGUAGAGAAGAAAAACAAAAAAAUCCGGGCAACUGCUCGGGGUGGAAACAUCAGUAAUAGUCAAAGUUCAUCAAUAGGGUUACAAAUGGUUGGUUCAAAGAGAAAACAUUCUGGUACCUUUAAUCGUGCAGAUGACAGCAGCUUGAAUCUGAUUGGAGUGCAAUAUAAUGGACUGCCCUCAUACCACACUAGCCUUUGCCUUCAGUUUCCAAAAAUACAGAAGAAAAGGAGAACCGAAAAGGGGAAUGCAACAAAAGAAGUCCAACUGACAUGCCCUCAGGAAGAUGCUCUAGGACAUCCAUAUGCAUCAAGCUCCAGCUGCUGGACUUAUGGUUCUGGAUAUAAUACAGCUAGAGUCCCAGCCACAAGUAUUGAUAAUACUCAAACAUUCAACGAGUUUCUCUUGUCUUUGAAAAGGCUGGCAGAAACAUCUCAAACCUCUACUUGUGAUCGUGGUUCUCUAACUAGAAUUAGAAACUGUGAUACUGAACCAAAUUAUACAGCAAAACAAGUGGGUGUCCCUGGCAAAGAAACAUUUGGGGAUGCAAUUGGUGCUUUAGUUGCAGAGACAUGUACACCACCCACAAAAAAGAGGCAGAAUAGAAAGAAAAGUGUUCUUUCCAGUUCAGCACAUUCUACCACAAAUGAGAUGCUACACCACCAUAAUUUUACAUUGGAAAAUUGCCCUCUGCCAAUGGGGAAGCCAUCAGACAUUGUUCCUGAAGUACUAUGGAACACCAUGAACAAUAUUGAUGCAUUAACAUUGCAAUUUAGACAGCUAAACUUAAACGCAGAAGCCAGAGACCUUGCAUUUCAUGAGGAGAAUGCACUUGUCCCUUAUAAACAGAAAAACAGCCUUAUCCAUGGAGAUGGGGUCAUCGUUCCCUUUCACAUUAAGAAACAGCAUCUACGACCAAAGGUCAACCUUGAUGAUGAGACUGAUAGAGUGUGGAAGCUUUUGCUGUUAGAUAUAAACAGUCAUGGCAUUGAUGGAACAGAUGAAGAUAAGGCCAAGUGGUGGGAAGAAGAACGAAAUGUGUUCCGAGGACGAGCCGACUCUUUUAUUGCACGAAUGCAUCUUGUACAAGGAGACAGACGAUUUUCUCGAUGGAAAGGAUCAGUUGUGGAUUCAGUGGUUGGAGUUUUCCUCACCCAAAAUGUCACUGACCAUCUUUCCAGCUCUGCAUUCAUGUCCCUUGCUGCUCGAUUUCCAAAAAAUUCAAGCAGCAUGUGCAAAAGACACCAUAAAGAAGACACAAGGCUGGUAGUCAACGAACCACAAGUGCAUAUAGUGGAACCGGAAGAGAGCACAGAAUGGGAUGUAAAAUUAUUGAAUCAAUCUGUUUAUGACCAGACUUCUACAAUAGAUAUGGCUGAACAUUCUGGAGAAAAAGAAGCCGUCAACAGCAAUGAAUCCUGUGGAACUCCCAGCAGUGUAAUUAGCUUAACAGAUGAAUCAAACUCCAGAUUGUCAGAAUUACCUCAAAAGAAUAUUAAGGAACACUGUAGUCCUACGAGGAGUGGAAUACUUAGUGCUACAAUUGAGGAAGGAGAAGAAAAAUCAUGUUACAAUGGUGAUAGGAAAGAGUUAAAUGACAUAGUUUCAUCCCAAGGCUCUGUUUUUUCCUCUCAAAUAUCUGGAGAUUUUUCAAAUGAUCAAAAUCCUGAGAAAAUAGGAUCAUGCUCAGAUAGCAACUCAGAAGUAGAAGUUCUGUCCAGCACAGCAAAGUACAACCAUUUUGGUAGCAACACUUCCUUCAGUAAACUCCUUGAAAUGGUUAGUUCGACCAAGUUUUAUGAAGAUAACAGUCAAAAAAGCGAAUCAAUUGAAAACUCAGGAAUGCUUGAAGUUAACGGCUUUGAUCCUUUCAAAACAGAAGCAUCAACAAGUGACUUAAAGAAAAAGGAUGAAAAUGGCAUGAACAGAUCUAGUCUUCAAACAACAGAACCUGCAGGCCAAGUUGCAAUUACCCAUUCUCAAAGUAUUGCAUCUCAAGUCCAUCCUCGGGAACAAAGCAAUCACCAGCAGCAAAGCUUUUUCAACAUUUCUGGACAAACUCAAGAUCUUAUGCAGAAAGAAAGGGGGUCAGGUCUUGGUGAGCAAAAAAAUGCCACGAGGAAUGGAACCAAUGAGAUAAGUUCUGCCCCAAUAAAAUUAAAGACCAAGGAACAAGGAAAAGAAAAAAAGGAUGAUUUUAACUGGGAUAGUUUAAGAAUUGAUGCACAGGCUAAGGCUGGCAAAAGAGAAAAGACAGAAAACACCAUGGAUUCUUUGGACUGGGAUGCUGUGAGAUGUGCAGAUGUCAGUGAAAUCGCUGAGACCAUCAAAGAACGGGGCAUGAACAACAGGCUUGCUGAACGUAUUAAGAAUUUCCUGAAUCGACUGGUUGAAGAACAUGAAAGCAUUGACCUUGAAUGGCUUAGAGACGUUCCACCUGACAAAGCAAAAGAAUACUUGCUCAGCAUAAGAGGAUUGGGAUUGAAAAGUGUGGAAUGCGUGCGGCUUUUAACACUGCACCAUCUUGCCUUCCCGGUAGACACAAAUGUCGGACGUAUUGCCGUACGACUGGGAUGGGUGCCUCUGCAGCCACUGCCUGAGUCACUGCAGUUGCAUCUCCUAGAAUUGUACCCGGUGUUGGAGUCAAUACAAAAAUAUCUCUGGCCUCGACUGUGCAAGCUAGAUCAGGAAACACUAUAUGAGCUACAUUACCAGAUGAUUACAUUUGGAAAGGUCUUCUGUACAAAAAGCAAACCAAAUUGUAAUGCAUGCCCAAUGAGAGCAGAAUGUAGACACUUUGCUAGUGCAUUUGCAAGUGCAAGGUUUGCACUGCCUGGACCAGAGCAGAAGAGUAUAGUUAGCACAACUGGAAAUAGUGUGAUUAACCAGAACCCAUCUGAAAUCAUCAGUCAGUUGCACUUGCCUCCACCUGAGAACACAGCCCAAGAAGAUGAAAUUCAACUAACAGAAGUGAGCAGACAAUUGGAAUCAAAAUUUGAAAUAAAUAUUUGCCAACCUAUCAUUGAAGAGCCCAGAACUCCAGAGCCAGAAUGCUUGCAAGAAUCACAAACUGAUAUAGAGGAUGCUUUCUAUGAGGAUUCAAGUGAAAUUCCAACCAUCAAUCUUAACAUAGAAGAGUUCACUCUGAAUUUACAAAAUUACAUGCAAGAAAAUAUGGAACUUCAAGGAGGUGAAAUGUCAAAGGCAUUGGUUGCUUUGAAUCCACAAGCUGCUUCCAUUCCUAUGCCCAAGCUAAAGAAUGUGGGCCGAUUACGAACAGAGCAUUGUGUUUAUGAACUCCCAGAUACGCAUCCUCUUCUACAAGGGUGGGACACACGAGAGCCUGAUGAUCCAGGCAAAUAUCUUCUUGCUAUAUGGACUCCAGGUGAGACCGCAAAUUCUAUACAGCCACCAGAAAGCAAUUGCAGCUCUCAAGAAGAAUGUGGCCAACUCUGUAAUGAGAAGGAAUGUUUCUCAUGCAACAGUUUCCGUGAAGCAAAUUCUCAGAUAGUUAGAGGGACACUCCUGAUACCUUGUCGAACAGCUAUGCGGGGGAGCUUUCCACUGAAUGGCACCUAUUUCCAAGUCAAUGAGGUAUUUGCUGACCAUGACUCAAGUCUCAACCCAAUUAGUGUGCCCCGAAGUUGGAUCUGGAACCUCAACAGGCGAACAGUAUAUUUUGGGACCUCCGUAACAACAAUAUUUAAAGGUUUAACAACACAAGAAACUCAACAAUGCUUUUGGAGAGGGUAUAUCUGUGUGCGGGGGUUUGACAGGGAAGCACGAGCACCCCGCCCUCUGAUGGCUAGACUACAUUUCCCAGCUAGCAAGUUGGCCGCCAAGACCAAAGAGAAAGCAAAAAAGGAGUCGAAUUCAGCAAAAUCACGAGCAUCCAAACCAAAUCCAGAACAGCCGGAAUUGAUUGCCAACAGAGACAAAUGAGCAUUUUUCAUCAUCCCAUGCUGUGUUGCCCAGUUGCAUGCAUAAAAUGACAAAGUCAUUAUUUCAUUUUACUUUUUAUCGUGCUCAGAGACUGAGCAGUUUUUCCAGAUUAGGACCCCCAAUAAUGUACUAUUGGUAGAACUUAGGCUUUAGUUUCUUGUUUCCAAAAAGGAAGAUUAUGUGAAGGGGAGUGUGAGCCAUAUGAGAGGCCAAGUACUUUCUCCCCCAAUCCCUGCUGAUGUACACUUAGAAUGUUUUAGAAUUAAAUUAUGCCUCCCCACUUCACCAACAACAUCUACAUCAA